AUGAUCACUCGAGUGAAAGAAGAUCAUUAUGCUACUUUAGAAAUUGAAGUUACUACGCAUAUCUAUGAUGUUCAACCAUCAACAAUUAAAAAGGCAUAUAGGAAACUUGCAUUGAUGUAUCAUCCUGAUAAACGUCAAGCUGGUAGUGAUGUUAUUUUCAAGAAGAUUAACAAGGCAUACGAAGUUUUAAUUAAUGAAGAAACUAAAGAUGAUUAUGAUCAAUGGUAUAAAAAAAAUUAUAGACGUUCAACUAUAUCAAUUGAAUUAAUUGAAAAAGAACGUAAAAGGAAAAUAAAAUUAGAACAAGAUGAAUUGAAAAAAAAUAAAAAAGAAGAAGAUUUAUUACAAAAAGCUGAAGCUGAACAGAAAAAGAAAGAUGAAGAUAAAAAACGUAAAAUGGAAGAAAAGAAAAAAAGAGAAGAAGAAGUCUUAAGGAAAAGAAGAGAAGAAGAACAGAAAAAAUAUGCAGAUAGAUUGAAAAAAGAAGAAAUGGAGAAACAAAGAGCUAAAGAAAGAGCUCAAGAUUUAAAGAAACAAGAAUUGAAAAAUGAAGAACAAAGAAAAAGAGAACAAGAAUAUGAAGCAUUAAGACAAGAAGCAUUGAAAAAAGUUAAUGAACAAAUUAAAAAGAAGGAAGAAUUAAGAAAACGUGCCGAAGAAUUACAAAACAUGUUUGGUGAUAAUACUAGUAAAUCAUCUACUAAUGAAGGAUCAUCAAAUACACCAAAAUCUAAAUCUAAAUCUAAACCUAAAUCUCAAAAUUCCACACCAACUUCUAAAAAGACUCAAUCUCGUUCUUCAACUCCACAAAGUGCUUAUUCUGCUACACGUGAUCAAAGUAAUGGUCAAUCAAGAAGUACACAAGGUACACCAACCCCCAAACCACAACAAGCUAGACCUACGCCCCAAUCUCAACCACAACCACAACCACAACCACAACCACAACCACAACCACAAGAACAACAACAACAAACCCAGCAAGAAACUCCAAGUACCAGCUCAUCACACCAUAAUGCAAAAUCUCCAGGAUCACCAUAUGUUAAUGGACAACGUAAAAAAGCAGUACCAAGAUCAUUCAACAGAACUAAGAAAUCAACUUAUAAAGAAGACCAUAUGUCUAAAAAGGAUUAUUUUGCCAAAAUUAAUGAAUAUAGAGAACAAGCUGAAAAUUUUCAUGAUAUCAGAGAACAAUAUUCAAAUGAAUUUGAAGAGUUAGAUAAUAGAGCUCAAAGACUUGAAAAAUCUGCAAGAAAAGCUUUUGAAAAAGCUCAAUUAAAAUAUAAAGAAUCUAUAGCAAGAGCUGAUAAUUUAGCUGAAAAAGCCAAAAAAUUCCAAGAAGAAUCUGAUGAAGCUCAUAAUAAAAUGGAUCAUUAUUUAAAACUUUAUGAAACCUUAUACAAUAAAUAUGGGAAUUUGUAUGGUGAAGAGGAAGAAGUUGAAGAUGAAAAGAAAGCUGAUACUAAAUUGAGUGAUGAUGAAAAUGAAACUACUGGCACUUUUGAGAAAGGAAGUAAUGGAACACCAUCUAGUCCAACAUCUGUUCCAAGUUCAAAUAUUAAAGAAGAAGAACAAAAACCUCAAGAACCAUUCAAAUUUGAUUUUAAAUUCCCUUCAUCUAAUACCACACCAGAUUUUUCAUUCAAUAAAGCCCCAAAUUUUUCUGCAAAUGAGUUUAACUUUAAAGAUGGUUCUUCAUUUCAAUUCCGUAACCCAUUAGAAUCGUUCAUUGAACAAUAUAUUAAAAAUGAUCAAGUUAUUUUCCCAUUUAGUGAAAAGAUUGCACAAGAUUAUGUUUUCAAUCAAUUCAAAUUCAAAAAUGAAUCUUUCCCUAAAACUUUUACUAGAUAUUGUACUGAGAGACUAGAUAUUGAAAAUUCAUCCCAACCCCCACAAGAUGAUGAGUUAGAAAUGAUGGAGAUGUCUUGGAAAGCUGGUGUUGAAGAUUAUAUAGAAUCAAGAAGCUGA